GUGACUUCUCUUGAUAAAAAGAAAAAAAAAGAAAAAAAAUACCUAAAUUGUCAUUGGGCAGAAGCAAUCAUGUGACAAGCGGAACGCUCUAAUUCCAAGCAUGUCUCCAUGAAAGCAGUACUCCAUGGCGCAGAGGUCUCCACACGACUGUCAGAAUAAACAGCGUUUUAAUUCCCGAUCGCUUGUUUCUACGCAGAAUCUGCACGCUGUUUCCAGAACGAGGAGCAGGAGGAGAUGAAUUACGAAUUCGGGCGAGAAAGCGGUUUCAUCAACAGCCGGCCUUCGCUCGCUGAGUGCCUGACAUCUCUCACUAACCCCGUCGGUGAUGCGUUUCAAAGUCCAUCAAUCAAGGGCUCGACACUGAUUCCUCCUUCCCCCUUUGAGCAGACUAUCGGCGACUCGAAGCCCAGCGUCCACCCACGCUGCAAGCGGGCUCUGAAAGGCUGCGGUCCGCUGCGGGGUGCGUCCCUGCCCACGGAGUACCCCUGGAUGAAGGAGAAGAAAAGCUUCAAGAGGAGCCAGACUACCGCUUCUUCAGCCGCUGCCGCAGCAUCUGACCUCUCUCCCCAAGUUUCUCCUGAGAGACCAGAGACUGCGGAGUUUGUGGGGACAUCCAGGAGACUGAGGACCGCGUACACCAAUACCCAACUCCUGGAGCUGGAGAAGGAGUUUCAUUUUAACAAAUACCUCUGCAGACCCAGGCGGGUAGAGAUAUCUGCGCUGUUGGAUUUAACGGAGAAGCAGGUGAAAGUGUGGUUUCAGAACAGGCGAAUGAAGCACAAAAGGCAGACCCACUGCAAGGAGAACAGGGACAGCGAUGGCAAGUAUUCUGCGGGACUCGGGGACGAGUUGGAACCGGCUGAGGAAAGCGGCGAGGACUGCGCGCACCUGCAGAAGGAGCGGUCCGGCCUCCGCCAACACACACUGACUUCACAACGGCGUCAAAAUGGACACAAUGGGCAGGACCACAGCCCUCCGAGCUGCACUGAGAAAAAUCUAAAGCAUCUUAGCAGCCCAGCACCCAUCUGCGUGUCAACAAUAGGCCCGGACAAUGCUCAGUCCGCCGGCCUGGACGCCUCUAUGCAGGAUUACAUUUUCUCCUCAUCGGCCUCUUUCUCAUCGGAUUCAUCACAGAGUCCGUUGCCUUUAUCAUCUGUAACUUUUGACCUUUUGUCAGAGACACUCACAACAAUGGACCUGCAAAAUCUCAGCUACUGAAAUCUGUUUGUUUUUUGUUUUUUUAAAAUUAUUAUUAUUAAAUGCACUCAUUUCGUUUAUCGUGUGUGUGGAAGAUAAAAAAAAAGACCUCGCAAAAAAGGUGAGUUAAUGGACAUUUUUCAACACACAUUCUGGUUUAUUUUUAUAUGGAUCUGAUAUUAUUAUAUUUCUUGAAAUAAACUUUUACAAUUAUA